UGCAAAUUCUGCCCAGCCUAAGCACAUUCUCAUCCUCUCUAAGGCAAUGCAGAGACUCCCCACUCUUUCCCAGCAAUGUCUAAACUCAGUUUAUCAGGGAAGGAGCCUAUGAGAGAAGCCAAAUUCAGCCUUGCUGGAACUCCCAGUCCCAGAGGGGUGUGGUUUACAGCUCUCGGGCAUGCCUUAUGACUUCGGCUGUGACCCACAGACGGACACCAGAGGAAAGCUACCUGAGUCAUCACGGCUCCCUGGUCAGAGCUAGCCAUGACGAAGAUUUGUACCUGCGUAUACCACUUCCUUGUUUUGAGCUGGUAUAUUUUUCUCAAUUAUUACAUCUCACAACAAGGAGGAGACCAGCGGAAAUCCAAAGUCUUUCUCAAUGGCGGACAGUGGAAGUACUUGACAUUCCUAAAUCUGCUCUUGCAGGCCAUUUUCUACGGGGUCGUCUGUGUGGAAGAUGUACUAAAAAGAAUUAAGGGGGAAAAAGACAUUAAGUUCAUGACCGCCUUCAGAGACCUGCUUUUUACCACGCUGGCUUUCCCAAUCUCCACAUUUGUGUUUUUGUCGUUCUGGAUCCUCUUUCUGUACGAUCGAGAGCUUGUUUACCCUAAGGCCUUAGAUGGUAUCUUUCCAGUGUGGUUGAAUCAUGCCAUGCACACAUCCAUCCUGCCCUUUGCACUGGCGGAAGUCAUCCUCGGCCCGCACUGCUAUCCACGGAAGAAGGAAGGUCUCACCUUGUUGGCUCUCGCUAGUCUUGUGUACAUCAGCAGGGUCCUGUGGAUCUACUCUGAGACGGGUACGUGGGUGUAUCCUGUGUUAGCCAAACUCAGCCCGGUGGGUCUAACAGCCUUCUUCUCUCUCAGCUACGUCUUUAGUGCUGGCAUCUAUCUACUUGGAGAGAAGCUCAACUACUGGAAAUGGGACGCAAGACUGCUGACAUCAAGACAGGAGUUCCUCAGAAAGAAAAACACAACCUAAAGAAUCUAUCAGGCACAAAAAGGAACUAAGUGCUCCCAGAUGGACAUGGCAGGGCCUCUUCUAGGUGACAUGAUGAAGCCAAGGAAGAAGAGGAAGUGAUCCCAGGCGGUUUUCCAAGAACAAAGGAGGAAGAAAACAUGAGAGUUUCAUUUCUAUUCUUUCUUUUCUUUGCUUUUUUUUCUUUUCUUUUCUUUUCUUUUCUUUUCUUUUCAGGUUGAGGGAGGUGGUGGAGCAACAUAGGAAGGUAGAAAGGACAGUGAAUGACAUUUAAAUUUAAUAAGAGUGUUUAUGAAGGUAGCUUAAUGUGGGGACUCUGGGGUUUUUUUGUUUUGUUUUGUUUUGUUUUGCAAGUUUACUGGACAUGCCAAAAACAACAACUUCUGUCUCAGAAUCCGUUACCUUGAUCUAGCCUCUGUGGUGAAAAUCUGCCAAAGUCCAAGGAAAUUCACGUAAACUCAACAUUAGAGAAUGUUUAGAGAGAGAAAGGGAUUUGGCAUCACCAAAACUCUUCACCUUACAGAGGAGGGUGUUGAGGACCUAGCUGGGAAGUAAUCUGCACGAGGGCCAAGGAGCUAGUAUCACGACUAAGGUGACGGCAUUUGUCCCCCUGAUCUUCUAACUCCCAGUCCUAUGCCAUUUUUAAUGAGUCCAACUUUUCUAAAAUCAAGUGUUUUCAUCAACUAGCUAUUUUCAUGGACUGCUCAUCUAUUUUGUUUUCCUCAGUCGAGACAGAGAUGUAGGGAGAUGGAUGCUACCGAAGUCAUCUGUCCACCUGACCAGAGAGCAAAUAAAUUGGGCAAUGAGAAAGUAAGUUAUAAAAAUUAUGGAGAAAUCUGCCCCUCUUGUGAGCAAAUAUGGGGUUUUGCGACAUCAUCAUCGAAAUCUCUUCCAUUCGAAUAUUGCUUCCUUUGUCAAAUGCACAACACUCUUGGGGAGUAAGUGAUGGGAAGUGACAUGGCUAUGAGGAUCCCUGAGAAUGCUUUGAUACAUUUGAUACAGUUAGCUUAUGCUUUAACAAAGCUGAUGGCUAGGGGAUUAACACAUUCACGAACUCUGCUCUGAUCUUCCCAGGAAAUUUUCCUGGGUGUUUAUUCACAGGCACAUUUUAUAAAGAACGUGGAUGAUAAGGGUCUACUGGUGGGUAAGCAUGGAGUCCAGUGGUGCGUCACCAGGGUCGUGUGGGCUGGGUGUGGGCAGCAGAGUAAAUUGUAUUUGGGUUUCCCAACCUAACACCAUGCAGGAGAAAUUUGGCAAAAAUGGUAAAAUUUGGUAAAACCUAUUCCUAGAACCACAUCAGAACUUGAUGGCUCUAUGACUGGCCACUGUGCCAUAUCUAUUCCAAGACCAGAAAACCUCGGAAAUACCAAAAACAGUCUUGAGUAAGAGAAGAGGGCAGACUGCCACAACUGGGCAGGCAGCGCCAGGAUGCCUAGGACAGGCACCAACAAACCUGCUAUCUUCCUAAUCCUUUAUCUACUAAUAUAUAAACAUGAGCCGCAAGUCUUUUUGGAUUGAACUGGGAACACUAUUCCUGUGGCUGCUUGAGUGCUCAGAACACCUGGUCUAAGCAGGAGCCCAGAAGCAGUUGUCACAGUGGAAAUUCCCCAAACACGAAGCCCACAGGGGAUCACCCAAAUUUUCCACACCCCAAAGGUGACGGGGGCUGCAUACUUCUUAGAGUAAGCUCCUCGUGGGGAUGAACCUGCAGAAUUCUAUUUGUGGCUUCACUGUCCCUGGAACCAAAUUAAACCUUGAUUUUUGUAUGAUUGACCAUCCCUCAGGAUCCAUUCCAAUGCCAGAAAUACCUGAGAACCACCUCCCACUGAGCAAAUACACCAGUAGGCUUCCUCACCAAUAAUCCUUCCCGUCCCAGAAGCUGAGGUGGUCAACAUGAGAGCUACUGUUUCACUGAAGAUACUCUCUCCACGUUAAAUCCUAGAAUCCUGUUACCAGUGGUGAUCAACUUAUAGUUCCACGGGACUCAGCAGCGGAAAACCCACUGACAGAAUGGAACAUAGAGCAAGUAAAUUUUGAAAAAAAGGAAAAGCAGACGAGGAAUGGCCUGGAGAAUAAACACUGCAUGUGAGUGGAGCUCCAGACGGAUUGACUAGACAGCCCAGACGACCCUAAAGACUGCCUACAGGGUACAGAUCCAAAUCAGGGAGACUGAUCCCCAAAAGAGAAUUGGGAGCAGGAGAGCAUUGAAGGCAAAUUCUGUUGACAUCAGAAUUUAUUUUCUUUCAGGUGCCUGCUUGGCCCUUUCUUACAGAUGAUAGCUCUUAUCAUUAGGUUUUGGUCUAGUCUGACUCUUCUUUGUCUUGAGACUUCUUUAACAAUUUCCAUGGUAUGGCAGGGACCACGGAAAGGGUCUCUGCUCUUACUGCCACUCCAGAUAUCUUACUAAUGUACAAAAAAAAAAUCCCUCACCAUGGAUAAAGUAUUCCACUGAACAUGGAGAGACCCAUCUAACUCAUAAAUGAGAGAGGUAACUGUUGACUUAUACUCAUUCGUAUUCAAUGAUCAAUGAAGGAUAUUUGAUGACUUGAAAGCAAGUAAUAUGGGAAGAAGUAUGCUUAGCAGAGUGAAAAUGAGGAUAUUGGAAAGAAAGAGGUUCAGAAAGGGUCAGCUGCAGACCCCAAGAACAAACCUUACCUAGUUCACAAGUUUUUAUCACAUGAAUGGCCAAGAGAUGACUGGCUAUGGGUCCUGGCUCUCCGUCCCACUCUGAGGGAGAUGAUUUAUGGUCAGUGUACACCCAAGAGAUCGGGACAGUGAUCUUGGCCACUGGUGGGUCAACAAAAUCCUGCAUGCCUUUGGAGGAGUGGAAAGAAGAGGCAUGGAGAACGACUGGAGACACGUCAUUCUUCAUAUUUCCAGUCUUGGUUAUCUGGCUGGCACUACAGGAAUUUCAAUUUACUCUGGAACUGGAGAGAGGACUUAGUGUUGGAUUGUCACCAUUCUUAAAAAGAGAGGAGGCAGGCAAAGAAAAAUUUGGAUUACGUUGGCUCUUGAAGGGCUUCACCUGGAUUUACUUUCCCCAAAGAUCCCUGUCUUGUUUUUGGUGUUUUUAUUGUUUGUUUGUUUGUUUUGUUUGUUUUUUGUUCUUUGUUUUUUUAGUAUUUUAU